ACUAAUGGAUGCGCUUUUAUUUACCCAAAAUACAGAUAAUCUUCGGUCAAUCAGUGCCUGUGAUUCAGUCGAACUCAAACUCAUUAACGAAUCACUUGUCGGUGUCGUCGGCCUCACCGCAGAUGAUGUCCAUUCACGGCAACAACUCGGGCGGCAGUCAGUCCUCAUCAGGCCAUACGCCUAACCAUAACUGCGAUUCCAAUCUGUCGACCGCAUCGGCCGGUAGUCAUAAUAGCGAUAAAGAUAUGGACAAUACGCCCGAGAAGUGCCGGAACCAGUCAUCGGGUGGUUCUUCGGGACCCAUGAGCGCCGGCGGUGCACAGCAGCCGCAGACCAUUGACCGGAAGCGUAGGAAAAAGGCCAGCGAUGGCACCCCCGCUGAGCAACAACCUAACGCGUCGAAACAAAUGCGCGGAAAUGAAGGAAAUAAGAAAAUUAAUGAAUAUUUUAAGCACUCAAGUCCUAGUCGUUAUGGCGGCACCAAAUCCCCGACCGCAACACAUAGUUUCUAUAUGUAUCCGCCCUCACCGGGCGGUACCCACCAGCCGGUGCCCACCGGUGUCGCCACACUGGGCUCGCCCACCAUCAGCGGCCCACUGCCCCCCACGGAGCUGUCGUCGAUGAUGGCGCCGCCCGCGCCCGCCCAGCGGCCACCAGUCGGCGCCAAUUCCACGAAGAACUCGCAGCAAAGCUGUCCGCCAUCGCUCUCAUCGAACAUGUAUUCCCAAUCAUACGCCGGCGUCGUGCCGGGCGGCCAAUCAUCCCCAUCGACGACAAUGCCGUUGUCUGCGGCGGCGGCCGCCGCUGCCGCUCAGGUGUGCUCGCGAGCCGUGCAGACAGACCUGUCGGUGAAGUCAUUGCGUGAUAUGGAGGCGAAGUCGGCUCACGAUCUCGAGACCAGGGAUACGAAGAUCGACGAGUUGUGCCGAUCGGGCGAUGAACAGAAACGCCAACUCCAGGCCCAACAGAAGCUCAUCGACAAGCAGAAGGAACAGCUGAAUAAGUGUAUUGAUGUCACCAAACAGUUACUCAUCGAGAAGUCGGCGAUGGAGAAGAAGGCCGCCCGACAGAAGUGUAUGCAAAAUAGGUUAAGAUUAGGACAGUUUGUUACACAACGACAAGGUGCCUCAUUUGUGGAGAACUGGGUGGACGGCCACGCGUUCACAGAACUGAUCCGAAAACAGGAACAAAUAGCCGCCGCUCGCGAAGAGAUCGAACGCCAAAGAAAACUAUUGGGCAAAAAGAGGCCGUCCCUGACGACCGCCAAGUCCAAGACGGGCAACGGGAGCGGCUCCGGGAGCACGACACUGGUGUCGGCGAUCACCAUACCGGGCGUGAACACGGGCUCGAACAGCAGCUCGUCGUCAUCCCUGUCCAACGGGGACUUCCUGAAGCCCGAGUCACCCAAGGAUGUGGGCAUGAAUUGGUACGAGUACUACGAACAGGACGAGAUCCUGAAGCUGCGGUCACAGGCGCUCAAGAAGGAGGACACAGACCUGCAGCUGGAACUCGAGAAACUGGAGCGCGAACGCAAUCUCCACAUCCGGGAACUCAAGCGCAUCCACAACGAGGACCAGUCCCGCUUCAACAACCACCCGACCCUUAAUGAUAGAUACCUAUUGUUGAUAUUGCUGGGGAAAGGCGGUUUUAGUGAAGUGCACAAAGCGUUUGACCUGAAGGACCAGCGGUACGUGGCCUGUAAGAUACAUCAGCUCAAUAAGGACUGGAAGGACGACAAGAAAGCCAAUUACAUAAAGCACGCGCUCCGGGAGUACAACAUUCACAAGCAGUUAGACCACCCGCGAGUGGUCCGCCUCUACGACGUGUUCGAGAUCGACGCCAACUCCUUCUGCACUGUCCUCGAGUACUGCGACGGACACGACCUCGACUUCUACCUGAAACAGCAUAAGUCGAUACCCGAGAGGGAGGCGCGCUCUAUCAUCAUGCAAGUGGUCCACGCACUCAAGUAUCUCAACGAAAUUAAGCCCCCAAUCAUCCAUUACGACCUCAAACCUGGUAAUAUCCUAUUGGGUUCGGGGACUGUUUCGGGCGAAAUCAAGAUCACAGACUUUGGUUUAAGUAAAAUAAUGGAUGACGAGAACUACUCGCCCGACCACGGCAUGGACCUGACAUCCCAGGGCGCCGGCACCUACUGGUACUUACCUCCCGAGUGCUUCGUAGUCGGCAAAAAUCCACCAAAAAUAUCAUCGAAAGUAGACGUGUGGAGCGUAGGCGUGAUUUUCUAUCAGUGUCUGUACGGCAAAAAACCCUUUGGACACAACCAAUCGCAGGCCACUAUUUUAGAAGAAAAUACUAUUUUGAAAGCAACUGAAGUGGAGUUCGCCGCUAAACCUUCAGUCAGUCCCGAAGCUAAGCAAUUCAUUCGCCGAUGUCUUCAGUACCGCAAAGAGGACCGGAUCGACGUGAUAGCCAUGUCUAACGACGAGUACCUGAGGCCGAGUACCAAAGGCAGAGGGGGGGCCAUGGCGUCCGACAAAGGCUUAUGAGAGCGGGACGACCACUGACUGAGCCCUCACUCAUUGUUUUGUUUAUUUUGUAAAUUAUUAUUAGGAGAACACAAACAAGUGAUAAGAACUCUAUAUUUAAAUUACAAACCAAUUGAAGACAAAUGAAGAGAAACAGCAUUUUCAGUGAUUCAGUCAUCACACGAGUCGACUACAAAACAAAGUGCUGUUUAUCUCUCCGUUUGUUUCCUCACACGUCUCGUCGCAAUCCAUCAGUGCUUAUGUGGUGUUGUUUACGGCGACCACCGCUCGCAACUGGACUUAUAUUUUCACAUUUUGUUCAUAUUUUGCGAUUUAUUUGAAAUUAAAAACAAAUCUUUCAUCUCUUCUGUGACACCACACACGCGACGAGAGACACAUCCGUAUCGGACGAACACUACCGGCGCGAUGGGAAACACACGUUAAAUAAUACUAUGUAUACAAUAUAAUAGCCAACAAAUCGACAAACAUUUCGAGAGACGAUUGCAUUGUGUGUGUGUUUUGCCAUCCGAUUAGUGCUGUUAUUAUAUAUAUAAUCCACUGAAAAGUCGUUCAGAUUUUUCACUUAUAAAGACAAAAAACAUUUAGAUUUUCAAUUAAGUUAUUAAUUAAUUAUAAUAAUUAUUACCAUUUAUUGAGAUAUUGAAAUGAAUUUCCAAUGAAACCCACGAAACAAACUACUCUUGACAUCAAAUUCAUACGAAAACUGCGUUUUUCUCGACAAUUAUUAUAUUUUUCUGAAGAAAUGCCCGAAAAUACGAGAGAAAAAUACGACAAAAAUGCGACAAAAAAUUGUUUUAAAAUUUGUU